UUUAAAAGAAAAGGUGCCCAAGUGUUUUUGACAUGUAGAACUGAUAAGGACCAAAUGCUGCAGACACCGGAGAAUUUAGAUGUUUUUCUGUCUCAACAGCUUAAUACGUCCAAUCUUAAGUCAGCAAAACCUGUACAUGGAUGCUCCCUUUUUUGCUGUAAAAUCUCCCACAUUUUAAAGAAAAGGUUCAUUUUUACACAAGGGACAGGACUAUCUGUACAUUCAAGGUUUUUGGCUACUGUUGUCAUUAUUCCUGCUAAUUUUGGCUGCACAAAAAUCCUGUGAUUUAUAAAAUACUAUCCUAGUUUGUAAAAUUACAUUAAGUUCAGCUAUAGCUAAAAUGGCUGUUGAGGGAACUUAAAGGGGGACAUUUUGGGGUUAAAAUAGCUUGGCUAACAUGUCCAGUUUGUUAGUCAACACAACUGGGUAAUCAACAAAGUAACACUGUUUUUAUUAUAAGAUUCCCUUUCCAUGUACCUGCAAACUGUUUCCUUGCUAAAUAGUUGCAGAAAAAUGGCAACACAGAGCAGUUGUUUGCUCUAAAAAUAUUUCCAAAUACUAUCCCACUUGGUUUAAAGGUGGGCUGAGCCAUUCUGGAGAAAAUAUGUUGAUAUUGUAUUUGAACUCAACACCCAAACAAAUGCUGCUCUCCUCUUUUUACCAGCCCUUUCGCUCCCACUGCAUUUUUCUUUAUACGCACGUGACCUUUCCCCUUUCUGUGCACAAGCAAGACCCUGGCUGUUGCUGUUCUGCUGGGGCAGUGUUGUGUGGUUCUGUCAGAGUUUGCCAUAUAAAGAAAUCAGGGCUGUGUAUAAACAAUUUAUUUUUCCCCCAGCACACACAGAACAGCAUGUGGACCAUGAGGAGAUAUUUGCUGAAUUUGACAAAUGUAUUGGAUUAGAAUUGCUGACUCCAUCUUUAACCCUGCCAAGGCAUCAUAUUAACUUCAGCUAAAAAAAAAAAAAAAAGAAUGUAAUUUUUACUCAAAACUAUGACUGUGGACUCUCCAUCACGAAAUGAGUUUUGAGGCGGACUCUCUUUGUGGUGAGUACAGACAGGAGGAACAGUUACAACAUCAAAAAAUCCAUCCAUUUUCCAGAUUGGUAUGUCAGUAAUGUGGUCAGAGACUAAACAUUUCAAAUCGUUUAAUAUUCCCCCCUUCACAGACUGAUUUACUCUAAGGAUUUAUGAUAAUACAUUUGGAAAUGUAAGCACCAGCUUGUGUAUUGGAACAUCGUCCUAAUGUAUUUUGAUUUGAUUUGUUGGUUUAUGAUUUAAUCACAAACCUGAUUGCUUUUCCAAACCCGAGCUUUGCUUUUAACAGCUUGAUCAGUCUUUAUGAAUGUCCCCCUGUUAAUUGUGAUUCACCAGUUGACUGACUGGAGACUCUCCAGCUGCCUGUGUUCUGUUCCAGCAUGUGCUCGCACACUUUGUCUGGGGCAUUAGGGUGUUAAUGGAUUACCGAAAGGUGUUGACUCAGGUGUGUGUGUAUGCACGCGCGUGUAAAUUAGGGUGAUGCAGUGCUCAAAGUGUGUGGGGAUUUCGUGGAGACACCAGUCUGGAGUUUCCAUUUCUCUCCGUCUCUCCCGCUGCUCACUGAUCUGUGUCCUGUUUUCUCAUCUUUGCGUCAUCCUUUUGACGCCUCACUCCUGCACAUUAACGAGCAGCAUUUAUCCUCUGCGUCUGUUUUCUCUCUGCAAUGUCUCCUCUUUGUGUUGCCUAACAGUCACCUGCCCUCAACAUGGAUAUCGGAGGACUGACCACAGUCGUAGCAAAUUCUGCUUACAUUAAUGCUCGUGGAAGCAUCGAUGGCAGUGCAGCAGCAACUCGUGAUAAGAAGUACCAUUCUCGCCUCAAGCUGCCCCACAUCACAGUGUGCGAGGGCUUGGGGGAUACCCUGGAUCUGACCUUUGACACAGCCUGCGUGGAGCAGCCUAUUGGCAAACGCCUCUUUCGGGAAUUCUUGGAUUCAAACACAGAUUAUCACGGGGCCUGCCGUUUGUGGAAAGACAUUGAGGCAUACGACCUGGCGGAGGAUUCUGACCGGGCAAAGAAGGCCUCAAAGAUUAUCCAGCGUUACCUGGACCCCUCUGCCAAACACUUCUGCCCAUUCCUGUCUGAGGACAUCAUAACGAAGGUGAAGGAAAACCAGGAUGCUGCUGGUGAUGAUUUGUUUGCUGCAGCUUUGGCCACAACUUUGAACUAUCUGCGUGAGGCCCCCUACAUUUUCUUCCUGGAGAGCUUGUUCCUAAAGAGGUACCUGCAGUGGAAGUGGCUUGAGAUGCAGCCCAUGGAUGCAGACUGGUUCCUAGACUUCCGUGUGCUGGGGAAAGGUGGGUUUGGGGAGGUGUCUGCCUGUCAGAUGAAAGCCACAGGAAAACUGUAUGCCUGUAAGAAACUCAACAAGAAGAGGCUGAAGAAGAGGAAAGGCUUCGAGGGGGCGAUGGUGGAGAAGAGGAUACUUGAGAAGGUUCACAGUCGCUUCAUUGUGUCGUUGGCGUACGCCUUCCAGACAAAGGACGAACUUUGUCUGGUCAUGACCAUCAUGAAUGGAGGAGACCUCAAGUACCAUAUCUACCUGGUGGAUGAGAACAACCCGGGCUUCGACGAGCCCAGAGCCUGUUUCUACAUCGCUCAGAUCAUCCAAGGCCUGGAGCACCUCCACCAGAAGAGAAUCAUCUACAGAGAUCUCAAACCAGAAAAUGUGCUUCUAGAUAAUGAUGGGAACGUGCGUAUAUCUGACCUGGGUCUGGCUGUGGAGCUAAAAGAAGGCAAAACACUGACUAAAGGAUACGCUGGGACACCAGGGUACAUGGCUCCAGAGAUGCUGAAAGGAGAGAAGUAUGACACUUCAGUCGACUACUUCACUCUGGGUGUGACGCUGUUUGAGUUCAUGGCUGCUAAGAAUCCUUUCAGAAACCGGGGAGAGAAGGUUGAGCGUGAGGAGAUGAAAGAGCGCAUGCUGACGCGGCAGGUAGAAUAUCCAGACAAUUUUAGUGAGCAUGCAAAGUCUCUCUGUGAAGGACUGCUGGCUAAAGAGGUUGGUCAGCGGAUGGGUUUUAAGAAUGAAUGCUGCGACGAAAUCAGAGCCCACCCAUUUUUCAAAGACAUCAACUGGAGGAAACUCAAUGCAGGUAUUCUGUCUCCUCCUUUCGUCCCGGACCCUAAAGUGGUGUACGCUAAAAGUCUGGAUGACGUCGGGGCUUUCUCCUCCGUGAAGGGAGUCACCCUGGCCGAUCCUGACAAGACCUUUUUUGACGAGUUUUCCUCGGGCAACAUCCCCAUCCCCUGGCAGGAGGAGAUGAUCGAAAUGGGAAUUUACGGAGAGCUCAACAGUUGGGGUCCGGAAGGUACCAUCCCGAACGACCUCCGCAGGGAAUCCAUACUAGAGCAGCCAAAGCCAUCAUCAACCUGCUGCAUAUCGUAGAGUCACUGAAACUCCUUUCAGACCACACAGCGUACAGACUCAAAUACUCAGGACAGACAUGAGUCACUUCUGAACUUUCUCAUUGCAGAGUUAAAACAGUUUGAGACUCUAAACAACCAGAACAGAAUGCAGAUGGAUUUUCCACCUGGAGUGGGCUUAAAAAUAGCAGUUUUAGAAGUUUAAAGAAAAAAAUACUGACAUUAAAUCCUCUGUCCCCUCCUCACUCUCACUCCAUGACUUCUCCUUGUCUGUCCCUCUGUCUCUUCUCUUUGUGUGUGCAUGUGUUAAAUGAUUGUAAUGCUUUUAGAUUUUAAAUUUAAUUGGAAAAUCACAUUUUUAAGCAUUUGGUAUACUUCGAUGUGGGUGAAACUCGCAUGUAAAAAUGCUGAUUUCUCUCUCCUGCAUAUCUGCUCCUAGAGUGUACGCCAUUUAAUGGAAGAUGCUUUUUUCCUUUUUGACUUUUUUUUGAGUCCCUUAGUUUUUACUAUAAACAGCUAAAUUAAGUGCUGCUGUUCAAAUACCAAGAGCUACGACACCAGAAAUGCAAAUA